AUGGUGGCGGGCAGGGAGGCCUGGCACGCGCCGCAGGUGACAGUGAUCGGUUUCGGCCUCGCCAACAAGUUCAGCGCCAAGUCGGGCGUCGGCGGCACGCCCGGCCACAUGCCACCCGAGGGCUGGAACGACGGCCUGUGGACGCCGCGCGGCGGUGUGUUCUCGGUCGGGGCAACGAUCUGUACCCUGAGGAACGGCAAGCACCCGUUCUACCCACCGGGCUCGCCCGGUCUGGAGGAGAUCGCAGAGCUGACCAAGGCUGCACAGCCGGGUACCAUGGGCUCCCCACCGCUGCACAGGCUGAUACGCGCCAUGCUCGAGAAAAACGUCCUCGCCAGGCCCACGUCCAGCCAGCUGCUCCACGAGGAGUGGUUCGAGUCGGACAGAAUGCAGAGGCAGAGGAAAACCGAGCUGUAA